AGUGAAUAAAAUAUAAAUAAAUGAAUAAAGUUGAAUUUCUAUUUUUUUAAUUAAAUUUCAAUUUUCCAUUGUUUCAACGUUCGAGGAUUUUUCGAAACCUUAGCUUAGAGAGAGAGAGAGAGAGAGAGAGAGAGAGAGAGAGAGAAGCAAUCCUGGUCUCUCUUCUAUGAGCUUCACUUCGAUUCCCGCCACUUCUCUGCAAGCUUAGGGUAUGGCUGAGGAGAAAUCAGAAGAGUGUUGUCAGGAGAAUAAGCAAUCCACUGCUGCUUCUUGCUCAUCAGUAUCUGAAGGCAGUGGCAGUGCAAUUCACAAGUCUCCAGGGAUAUGUAGCCCUGCAUCCACAUCGCCUUCGCAUCGUAGGACCACUGGCCCUAUAAGGCGUGCUAAGGGUGGCUGGACGGCACAGGAGGAUGAGACAUUAAGGAAUGCUGUUGCAGCUUAUAAGGGAAAGAGUUGGAAGAAAAUCGCUGAGUUUUUUCCUGAUAGAUCAGAAGUUCAGUGUCUUCACAGAUGGCAAAAAGUUCUUAAUCCUGAUCUUGUUAAAGGACCUUGGACACAGAAGGAGGAUGAUCAAAUUGUUGAGCUGGUGUCAAAAUAUGGGCCUACAAAAUGGUCUUUGAUAGCCAAGUCUUUACCUGGACGAAUAGGCAAACAAUGUCGAGAGCGGUGGCACAAUCAUCUUAAUCCUGACAUAAAGAAGGAUGCCUGGACUUUGGAGGAGGAAUUAGCCCUUAUGAAUGCUCAUCGUAUAUAUGGGAACAAAUGGGCUGAAAUAGCUAAGGUCCUUCCUGGAAGGACUGAUAAUGCAAUAAAAAAUCACUGGAAUAGUUCUUUGAAGAAAAAGUUGGAUUUUUAUUUAACUACAGGAAGACUUCCACCAAUUCCGAAGAACAAUCCGCAAGUUUCUGUCAAAGAUACAAUUAGACGUUCUGCUUCUAAAACAAUACUUGCUUGUUCAAAUAAAGAAUUAAAUGCAGCUGUUGAAACAUCAUCUGAAACUACUGCCAUUAGUAAGUUAGAUGACAAUGGCAGAAAUCAGUUUGAGUCAUCUGGAACAAUUAGAGAAGUUGGUGAUUCUUCAAGUGUUCCUGCAAAUGAAUCUGCUGAUUCUGACUGUGUAGAAUGCAAGCCUGGAUCAUCCAACAUUGAUCUUAGCUGUAGCAACUCAGAACAAGUGUCCAGAGCUAAUUUUGGAAUAACUUAUGGGCCAAUAUCUGAGAAUUCUAGACCCAAUGGAAACUCAACCUUUGAGCAUUGUACAACUAAUGGUGAAAUGAGCAGUACCAGGUUAAUCAGAACAUCUUCACAAGAAAGUCCAACCUGUGGUUCUUUGUGUUAUGAGCCACCACAGUUAGAUGGUUCAGUUCCUUUAGAUUCUCUCUAUUUAAAUUUUGUUUGCCAGCAGAAUGAGUACUGUUUGAACCCAAUGUUGUCACCUAUUGGUUUCUUGACUCCACCUCGAGUCCAGAGUAGUGAUUCGUACACAGAGACACCUGAAUCAAUAUUGAAAAAGGCAGCUUAUACUUUUCCAAAUACUCCUUCCAUAUUGAGGAGGAGAAAAAGUGCAGUCCAAUCACUCACCUGUCCUAGUAAAGUCUUGAAAGUGGAUGAUGAUCCACGCACCUCGAAUGAAUCAGAGAGAAACAAGGAUGAUUCUGGUUCUGGCAGGUUCUCUGAGACCCCCGCAAGGCAUGCCAAUGGGAGUGCCAUUCUGAAUAAUAGGGCAUUCGAUGCAUCCCCGCCAUACAGGUUAAGAUCCAAGCGAACAGCAGUUGUCAAGUCUGUGGAGAAACAACUUGACUUUGAAUUUGACAAAGAAAAGAAUAUUGACAAGAGGAGCAACGCGAUGACCAAAGAUCAUCUGCAUGAGACAAAACUUGGUGUGACAUAGUGCAUAAAUGGAAUUGUGGCAGGAGUUGCUAUUGAAGCAGGCUGAUUGUUUCUCUAAAUUGUUUGACAAGGUUUACCAAUUUUUCAAAGUUAAUUCAGAGUGCACAAGUCACAAUGACUUUUGGUGGUUAUCCACUUAAUAGUUUGGCUUUCAUCACACAGCACACAUCAACAAAAUUCAGCAACAAUAGGAAUCUGGUAUGUGUAGAAUAAGAAUUGAUAAAUUCCAUUUACUUGUGGAUACAUAUAGCUAGCUGUAUUUAUCAGAUUUGUACAGUUGAGUUAGGGAAAAUAAAUUUUCUGUAGUUUCAUUAGUGCUUGAAGAUUCUCCUUCAAUCCUUUUUCUAAAUAAUUCACGGUAUGACCUACAAAUAAGUGUAACCAUUACAUUAUGGCAUCUGCUCGUUUAAUGGACACUAUACUGAAAAUACUGUUUGACAAUCACACAAAGGUGCUGCAACUUCAGAAUGGAAAUAGUGUACUCAUCGUGAAAUUUUCAUCCAAAUCAAAGUAUGUUUAUAACAUCUCGACUUAGCUAGAAGGUAUCAUAUCAUCUAAUGUUUAUAUUUUCUGAAGAAAACCUUUGUCUAAACGUUUCUAAUUACAUUCCUUGGAAUAUUGUG